AUGCCCUACAGAACUCCUUCACCGGAAAUGAUUUCGGGAGCUUCUCCUGCGAGCGGCGCCACAUCUUCGCUGGUAGCAAUCCCUGGAUAUCGCGAAGUCAACCUAGCCACUCAUGGCAUUCACCUCCGCUCCAUGGACGAGACGCUUCCCAGGCAUGUUAAGCGCCUUGUCAGUGACAUGUUUAAGAGACGCCAAUCACUGGAGCCUGACAUGAAGGAUACUGAGGGCCGACGAACGCUGACAGAUCUCACCGAGAGAAACAGCGCCGAGAGCCAAGUGGCCAAAGAACUCAAAAGACUCAUCUUCCAAAAUUCCGAAACCGAAGAGAGAGUCAAAGGUCUUUGUCAAACAGUGGAAGGUUACCUUAUGCGAAAGGAGCACCUGCCAACCUCAUCUCAACCGGACUUCGAUAACAGACUGAGCCAGCCAAAGCCCGAUAUCCUCUACAGCUAUGUCUUCGAAGCCUUCACAUUGAACCAGCAAAAACAAUUGAACAAGAUGGCCCAAUCCGAGUUUACCGCCAACAAUCAAAGAUCCAUAUAUCCUUUCUUCGUUGUCGAAUUCAAAGGCAAUGCUGGCCUUACAACCGGUAGCCUCUGGGUUGGAACAAACCAAUGUCUUGGGGCCACAGCUGCCUGUAUCAAAAUGGUCGAAAAGCUCAACAAAUAUGUCGAGGGGCUCGACACGUCAACUCUUCAACCCGUGGACACUACUGUCUUCAGUAUCGCCAUGAGUGGGAGUGAAGCCCGCCUCUUCGUCUCGUGGAAGGAAGGCGAUGGUCAAUAUAUCACUCAGCAAAUCGAAGGGCUCGCGGUUUGUCGACCUGACCAUUACGUCCGACUCCACAGGUUUGUGCGCAAUGUCAUCGACUGGGGAACAGGCAGCCGCCUGGCGCAGAUCGGGGCUGUUCUCGACUACAUCCAGGAAGAACCUCAGAAAAGAUUGCACGACGCCAUCGCUGAUGCCUCUGACAACGCUAUCAAGCCCGAUCGCAAACGCCGGAAGUGA